AUGGCCGCCGUCGUGUCGCCCCACUGCUUCUCUACGCAGAAGCGCUUCCAGAGCACAGCUGCCGCUACCGGCACGAGACCUGCUCCCAGUCCUGCCUUCAACCAGGAGCCCCAUCGCAACGAAGUGUCGCCCCUGCAAAACCGCCAGGUUCCCGAAUUGGACGAGUCAACAGUCGGCUACCCUGGAGGCGCUAUCCUUCCUGUGUUCGAUGCCAUCUACAACUCAAAGCAUUUCGAUUUCGUUCUUCCUCGCCAUGAACAGGGUGCCGGUCACAUGGCGGAGGGCUAUGCCCGGGCUUCUGGCAAACCCGGUGUGGUUCUGGUCACUUCUGGGCCUGGUGCCACUAAUGUGAUCACCCCCAUGCAGGAUGCCCUUUCCGACGGUACUCCUAUGGUUGUCUUCUGUGGUCAGGUCGCCACCGGCCUAAUCGGUACGGAUGCAUUCCAAGAAGCCGAUGUGAUUGGUAUCUCCCGAGCUUGCACCAAGUGGAACGUCAUGGUGAAGUCUGUUGCCGAGCUCCCCCGCCGUAUCCAGGAGGCGUUCGAGAUCGCCACCAGCGGCCGCCCUGGCCCCGUUCUGGUCGACCUUCCCAAGGAUGUCACUGCCGGUAUUCUUCGCAAAGCUAUCCCGAUGCACAACACCACUCCGGCUCUCCCCAGUGCGGCCGCCCUCGCCGCUCGUGACCUGAGCAUGAAGCAGCUCCACAGCACCAUCGGUCGUGUCGCUCGUCUCGUGAACGUCGCCAAGAAGCCCAUUCUGUACGUCGGCCAGGGUCUCCUCGCUCAACCUGAUGGCCCCAAGGUUCUGAAAGAGUUGGCCGACAAGGCCUGCAUUCCUGUCACGACCACCCUGCAGGGCCUGGGUGGAUUUGACGAGCUGGACCCCAAGGCGCUCCACAUGCUGGGAAUGCACGGUUCCGCCUACGCCAACAUGGCCAUGCAGGAAGCCGAUCUGAUUAUUGCUGUUGGUGCUCGGUUCGAUGACCGUGUGACUGGAAGCAUCCCCAAGUUUGCGCCCCAGGCGAAGCUGGCCGCCUCCGAGAACCGUGGUGGUAUUGUCCACUUCGAGGUCAUCCCCAAGAACAUCAACAAGGUUGUCCAGGCUAACGAGGCUGUUGAGGGUGACUGUGCGGAGAACCUCCGCCAUCUCCUCCCCCACGUGAACGCCGUGCCCGAGCGCCCCGAAUGGUUUGCUCAGAUUAACGACUGGAAGGCUCGCUUCCCCUUCUCCCUCUAUGAGAAGCAGACCCCUGAGGGUCCGAUCAAGCCCCAGACCUUGAUUGAAAAGCUCAGUGAUCUCACGGCUCACAUGAAGGACCGUACUGUUAUCACGACCGGUGUCGGUCAGCACCAGAUGUGGGCCGCUCAGCAUUUCCGCUGGCGUUAUCCCCGUACUAUGAUCACCUCCGGUGGUCUUGGUACUAUGGGUUACGGUCUGCCUGCUGCCAUCGGUGCUAAGGUGGCCCGGCCUGAGGCUCUCGUCAUCGAUAUUGAUGGAGAUGCCUCUUUCAACAUGACCCUUACUGAGCUGUCGACUGCGGCCCAGUUCAACAUUGGCGUCAAGGUCCUUUUGUUGAACAACGAGGAACAGGGCAUGGUGACUCAGUGGCAGAACCUGUUCUAUGAGGAUCGCUACGCGCACACCCACCAGAAGAACCCCGACUUCGUCCCCAUGGCUCGCUCGAUGGGCGUCGCGGCCGAACGGUGCACCAAGCCGUCGGAGAUGGAGGAGAAGCUCAAGUGGCUCAUUGAGAGCGACGGCCCUGCCUUGCUGGAGGUGUUCACUGACCGCAAGGUCCCUGUGCUGCCUAUGGUGCCUGCUGGCAGCGGACUGCACGAGUUCCUCGUCUACGAUGAAGCCAAAGAACAAGAGAGAAAGGCUCUGAUGAGAAAGCGGGGUGUUCCUAUGUAA